ACCGGUAGUGGCCUGCUCAGGGACGGCAGCAACAACGUUGCUUCGGAAACACACAGCCCUCAGCCCUCCAAAUCAUUGUAUUUUUUUUAAAAAUAUCAGUACCUGCAGACGGUCGCAGCAGCAGAGACAAUCACACUCCAGCCUCUUUGGAAGACACGAUGACAGUCAAUGAAUCUCCGUCGCACACUGCUACACCUGCACAAGUACCUCUACCAUCCAUCCAAGAAGAAGAUCGGAAUCUCGUCAUGGCCACGACGCCUUCUGCCACUCAUUCCUCGAUUGGCGGUACCAGUAGUGAGAAGGCAGAUUCCCAAGUACGCAUGAAUGUUCUUCUCCAAACAGGAGUACUCUCGGAUCAGGAUGAUGCCGUUACUUCUACGACAACUACCGAUACCAGUAUAGAGCACUCAGAAUCAGGUCUUACGGACAAGGCCAACAGUACAGGUACAAGUACAGGUACAUGUACAGGUACAUGUAAUAGCAUGCAAAAAGAGAAUGCCGAGGAAGAGGCCACCAGAUUGCAGAUGGAUGUACUUUUUCAAGUGGGUAUUCUCUCAUCAGAUCAUGACCGUGCUGGCACCAGCACAGAGACCACCACUGUCAAAAAGCGUCUACCAGUCCCAACUCGGGAUUGUAAUGCAUCGUCCAAUGGCGGACCCAGGGAAAGUUACAACAACAAUAGUGGCAGUGAGGUGCCACCAGCGCCGCAGCUGGGGAGACUUGUCCAAGGGACUCCCAUUCGCCCUUCUGUGCCGGGGGCACAUCGGGCAACACCUUUGGAUGGGGAGGAACCACAAUCAGCAGGUAGUACGGCUGACAUGGAUGCUAGUCUCAUGUUUGGUAUUGAUCCAUCCGAACAAGAACAACAAGAACGAUUGGCAACACAGCUCGAAGAAGGAUUACCCAAAGCCCGACCAGUCAUGGAGGAGGAUGGUCCUCGCCAAAGUGCAACACGUUGGGGUCUACAAGAGCAUGAGGCGUCCCAGAAGAGAAAGUACAAGGAGCACUUGUCUGUAACUGCCAAUUUUGUUCUCAUGGGACUUUGUUGUGUGGUUGUCAUUGUGGUUGCGUUUGCAGCAGCAAGCCUUGCCAAAAACAAGAACUCUGACUCCCCUGUAGUUGAGACCACCACCAGCAUCAUCAACCAGACGAGUCAGUCAAGUAAUACGCAGUCAACCUCAUCAAUGUGGACUUGGGACUUGCCAUUUGCCAUCCCCAACAACAGUACAGUCAACUUUCUAUACCACGACACUCAGCAAACUUCCGCGCAGUUCAAGGCUUACAACUGGAUGAAGGCAGAUCCUUAUUUGCACAAUUACACCGAGAAAAGACUCUUACAGCGCUUUGCAUUGGCUACCUUCUAUUAUGCGACAAACGGGGAGAACUGGACUCGACAGGGUGGUGAAACUACUGCAGUUGAAACCAAUACAAUAAAUACACUCGCAGAGUUCACACCAAACAAGACCUUACCACUACCAAGUCAACCACCACCAUCACCACAUCAAUACCUUGACAACAGCACUACUAGUAUCAACAAUGACAAUGCCCCAACGCCAAUGCCACACAACUUGAUUGUCCAUGUCAAUGUAACGUCUGAAAAAUGGCUGUCCUAUGAGCAUUCUGAAUGUGACUGGUUCUCCACAGGACUGACAUCACCCUACAAAAUGCCAGCUUGCGAUGAGAAUGGCAAUUUUCAUCACUUGGGCCUUACCAAUGCCAAUCUACAAGGUACUUUACCUCCGGAACUGGGUCUCUUGACAUCACUCAGAGUCAUUGGGUUUGGCCGUAACCGCAUUGAGGGUCCCAUCGUUACAGAAAUUGGUAACCUCCGAAAGUUAGAAGGGCUUCAUUUAUCGGGAGGCAAUCAGUUCACUGGGAUAAUCCCCAGUGAGAUAGGAUUGCUCUCUGACACGCUGACAGCAAUCAGCGUAAAUGAGAAUGCUCUGACGGGGAAGCUUCCCAUGGAACUAUGGAAACUCUCCAAUUUGAGCCUAAUCAAAAUCUCCCGAACCAAGUUGUCGGCUACAUUGCCAUCCAAUAUUGGCCACCAGCUGUCCAAGACGAAGCUGCUGAUGUUGCAAGGUUCCCAGUUUUCAGGGACACUUCCCAACUCACUUGGGCUGAUGACAGAUGUUGUCAAUGCUGACUUUGGACAGAACAGAUUUGUUGGAUCCCUGCCCACAGAACUAUCCCAGUGGCAACUGCUAACAAGAUUUUCAGCGAGAAACAACCAAUUGACAGGAAAGGUGCCAUCAGAGCUGGGAUUGCUCCCAUUCUUGAGAGAUCUCUGGCUGGAGAUAAAUCCAGGGAUCAGUGGGUCACUCCCAGCUAAUCUGGAACAGCUCAAUAUCACCUUGAUAUCUUUGAGAAUCAAGGGAACUGGCAUCACAGGCACAAUCCCUGCAGGGUUGUGUGCAAUUGAGGAGCUGAGCUUUGACUGCUCAGAGACUCUGUGUGGCUGCGAACAAUGCCGGUGCCAAUAACCAUCUAAAUAGUUAGCUUGCACAGAUUCGCACUCAUGGAUAAGGGGCUUUCUCUCUCUAUGUUGCAAAACGUUUAGUUUAUGUUGUAUUUAAUAAAGUACUGCAC